CCUCUCUCCCCUCCCUAGUCACGAAAAAAUACACCAAAUGUACAGCAGGCUCACUUGACCAGAAUCCAAGAUGGCGGUUUUUCAACGUGCUUCUUCAAGAACUUCUAAGCUAUUUUAUGUCUUUUCUCGACGGUUAUCAGUGGUAGCAGCUGAAAGAGAUGGAAAGCAAACRCAGACUGGUAUACCUGUGAUAGUUGCCCAUCAUACUAUAAAGAAAGCUGUAAUUGUUCACCCCAAAUCUCGAGCUUAUCAACCUUCUCUCAAACAUCAAUGGCUGACCAAAACUAUAAUGAAGGAAGGCUUUCCCGAAAAUUUAGCAAAGCUCAACAUAUCUUCUGAGGAUGUUCAGGUUUUUCGAGAUUCUGUUUUGCAACAAAUUGCGUAUCAAAAGGAGCUWAAGAAGACCAAGCUUCGAUUUGAAGAGGAGAUUCGACUUGGAGUCUUUCAAAAUCUGCUCAGAAUUUGCUAUGGAUUUUCUCACGAAAGUCCUGGUUUGAAAGAUAGCUACAUGGAURUUAGUCCAAAGAUMCAUACACAUUGGGUUAGGAAUCACGAAUUUUAUGACCUGUGCUAUCGUCCUGAUUUGAUUUUAUGGAGCAGYGUUCCUAAUGACGUYUAUGMACCCGAUGUGGAGUCUACUGCACAAGAGUCAUUACCAGGACCYUAYGAYCCAUAUAGUCAAAAUUUAUUCCAGCAUCCCAUCGUCCACCUACGCAACUUUCCUGGAUACCAACCCAACAAUGYAAACCCAUAUCAGCACUGCCACACUUUAUUCCUUGCUGACGUCACUAACCAGACAAAUGAACAAAUGYACUCCUAUGGGAUGAUGGGAAUGUUUGGGGUACUUGCUUCUAAAGCCAUGAGCAUUGGGGUACUUGCAGGUGAACACUUGUCCACACCAUUGACAACUCGCUGUGUCAUUUCCAAUGGUAAAGAAGUUCUUCUUAUGUGUUACCAGCUAAAUACRCUAUCUUUACAAGAAGAUYAUGGGAUUAAAAACUUUGUUUGGGCUACUGAUAAAAUGGAGUUCUUUAAAAGCAACCCAGAUGCUGAUGAAGAUGAAGCUUUGAGAAGAAGCAGGAAACUUUAUGGUAGUAUUGAUGCAUCAAAAACUCUACCACCUAUCAACGAGGAAUGUGUUAAACAAGUUUUAUCUUUUAUUUGUCAAUAAAGGAUACAUUGUACUAUGUGAAAGUACUAUGAACAAUGAAAUUGUGUGCCCAUUCAAACCUAAUUGGUUUUAACUAAACAUAUUAGUGGCAUGUGGAUUUGAAGUCUCUGUCAUUAUACGUCGUACAAGGUUUUUUCACUUCAGUGUUGGUAAUACAUUGAUUAAAUUGAAGAGUAUAUGAACUGUACGGAUUGCUCAACUUCAAAGAUUCUUGCAGUAUCAUUCAACUUGGGAUAUCUGUGAAACUCUGUCAAAGCAGCAAAAGCUCUUGAGUUAUGCACAAACGAUUUUAAUUUUAAUAUGCCAAAUUAUGUUCCAGAACAUUCAAAUCUGGCAUAUAUAUCUCAUACCAUGUUUGGUACUUAAAGCUUGAGUCAAUGUCCUCUUGUUACGGGUUUCCAUUGCUAUAUGUACUGGUAUAUGUGUUUAAGUAGUAACUACACUGAACAUUUUCUUUUUAUAAAUAGUUUUUUAAUUUGCAUUUCACCCUAACAUCUCUGUAGACUUGCUCUCUCUCUUAUUUAUGAAACAAAAUAUUUUCCAUGGGAAUUUGCUUGAUGCAGUUGCCCACUUUUGAUAUUCUUGUUGUGUGACUAUGUACAAGAGAAAUGGUGAUGAGGUUCCAAGAAACGAUAAAUUCAUAUAAUCAGACCACAUGCCUUAUGGUGAUUGGUCCUUGGAGAUUUUCCGAGAAUGAUGAGAUUAAGGUUUUUGAAUUCAAAAUCAAGGCUGUGAGACUU